CGAGGGUGUCUCCUCCCAGUGAAUGAAGUGACCGAAUCGUGCUUGUCUGUUCGAGGCUCAGGAAGGAGCAGUGGGUGCGUGAAUUGAAACGCUAUUUGCCACACACACACAUAUAGAAGACUUCGGUCCUCUUUCGGUUACGCCAUCGUUUUUCUCCCCCACCGCGGCACCUACUAAACAUGCUUUUCCGUUUCGGAGCUCCACUUUUCUGAACUUCGGGGAGUAACCCAAAACGCAGGAAAUAUCAAAAGACACGCUGCAACGAUUCUGUGCGGUCAGCUUCGCCAAGCUGCAUACUUUACGGAGAGUUUAUGCGGCUCUCCAGCCUGGGAGUCAAACUGGACAUAAUUUGACAAAACAUGUCUGAUCACAGAUCCAGUUUUCUUCACAUUGGUGACAUAGUUUCCCUCUACGCGGAAGGAACGGUGAAUGGCUUCAUUAGCACUUUGGGGCUGGUGGACGACCGCUGUGUGGUGCAGCCAGAUGCGGGGGACCUGGCCAACCCACCGAAGAAAUUCAGAGACUGCCUGUUCAAGGUGUGUCCUAUGAACCGAUACUCCGCUCAGAAGCAGUUCUGGAAGGCCAAGCAAAGAAAACAGGGGAACAACACCGAGGGAGACCUGCUAAAGAAGCUACAGCAUGCUGCGAAACUGGAGCAGAAGCAGAACGAGACGGAGAACAAGAAGCUGCUUGGAGAAGUGGUCAAAUACAGCAAUGUCAUUCAGUUGCUUCACAUCAAGAGCAACAAGUUUCUGACGGUGAACAAGCGUCUACCAGCCUUACUGGAGAAGAACGCCAUGCGGGUGUCCCUGGACCCGGCGGGGAACGAAGGCUCCUGCUUCUACAUCCAUCCCUUCUGGAAGCUGCGCAGCGAGGGGGACAAUGUGGUGGUGGGGGACAAGGUGGUUCUGAUGCCCGUGAACGCGGGACAGCCGCUCCACGCCAGCAACAUUGAGCUGCUCGACAACCCCGGCUGCAAGGAGGUCAAUGCUGUGAACUGCAACACCAGCUGGAAAGUAGCUCUCUUCAUGAAGUUCAGUGACUACAAGGAGGACAUCUUAAAAGGGGGUGACGUGGUCCGGCUCUUCCACGCCGAGCAGGAGAAGUUCCUGACCUGCGAUGAGUACAAGCAGCAGCAGCACAUCUUCCUGAGGACCACCCUCCGCCAGUCCGCCACCUCCGCCACCAGCUCCAAGGCACUCUGGGAAGUGGAAGUCGUGCACUACGACCCCUGUAGAGGAGGGGCCGGCCAAUGGAACAGCCUCUUCCGCUUCAAGCACCUGGCCACGGGAAACUACCUCGCGGCGGAGGUGAAUCCAGAGUUCCAGGCUGCCGGUGGCGGGGACUGUAAAGACGUGGAGACGGCGGUCCCCGCCCAGACGGACGGCGCGCCGCUGCCCCCCAAGAAGAAGCGCCAGACCCCGGAGAAGAUCGCCUACACCUUGAUCUCCGUCCCCCACGGCAACGACAUCGCGUCCCUGUUCGAGCUGGACGCCACCACCCUGCAGCGGGCCGACUGCCUGGUGCCCAGGAACUCUUACGUGCGACUGCGGCACCUCUGCACAAACACCUGGGUGACCAGCACCAACAUCCCCAUCGACGCCGGGGAAGAGAGGCCCGUCAUGCUCAAGAUUGGGACCUGUCCCACCAAGGAGGACAAAGAGGCCUUUUCCAUCGUGUGCGUGCCCCUGUCGGAGGUGCGAGACCUGGACUUCGCCAACGACGCCAACAAGGUGCUGGAGUCCACCGUGAAGAAGCUUCAGAGCGGCAACAUCGCCCAGAACGAGCGCAGGUUCGUCAUUAAGCUCCUGGAGGACCUGAUCUUUUUCGUGUCGGACGUCCCAAACAACGGGCAGGAGGUCCUGUCUGUGGUCAUCUGCAAGCCCAACCGGGAGAGGCAGAAGCUCAUGAGGGAGCAGAACAUUCUGGCCCAGAUUUUCGGGAUCCUGAAGGCCCCGUUCACAGACCUGGGCGAGGGUCCCAUGCUGAAGCUGGAGGAUUUGGGGGACCAGCGCUACGCCCCCUUCAAAUACCUGCUCCGCCUCUGCUACAGAGUGCUGCGGCACUCCCAGCAGGACUACCGGAAGAACCAGGAGUACAUCGCCAAGAAGUUCUCCAUCAUGCAGUCCCAGAUCGGGUAUGAGAUCCUGGCUGAGGACACGAUCACGGCGCUCCUGCACAAUAACCGCAAGCUUUUGGAGAAGCACAUCACUACCAAGGAGAUUGAGACCUUCAUCAACCUGCUGCGCCGCAACCGCGAACCCAGGUUCCUGGACUACCUCUCGGACCUCUGUGUGUCCAAUCAGACGGCCAUCCCCAUCACUCAGGAGCUCAUCUGCAAAUUCAUGCUGAACCCCAGCAAUGCGGACAUCCUCAUUCGGACCAAGCUGAUCCCCCUCACUGAGAACGCUCUAGAAACUUCGCUGCUAGUGGACGACGGGGACGACGAGGAGGUGUGGCUUUACUGGAUCGACAGCCACAAGGAGCCCCACGGGAAGUCCAUCCGACACCUGGCGCAGGACGCCAAAGGCAACCACAAGAUGGACAUGGACAUCAUCACCUACUACAGGUACCAGCUGAACCUGUUCGCGCGGAUGUGCCUGGACCGGCAGUACCUGGCGAUAAACCAGGUGUCAGGCCAGCUGCCCGUGGACCUGAUCCUGCGCUGCAUGUUUGACGACUGCCUGCCCUACAACCUGCGCGCCGCCUUCUGCCGCCUCAUGCUGCACAUGCACGUGGACCGCGACCCCCAGGAGGCCGUGGUGCCCGUGCGCUACGCCCGGCUAUGGACCGAGAUCCCCUCCAAGAUCUCAGUCACCGAGUACAACUACGAGUGCACGGACAUCACACGCGAAGCCAUGAAGAAGAAGUUUACCCACACAAUGGACUUUGUGGAGGAAUACCUCAAAGACGUCGUCAACCAGCCUUUCCCCUUCGGAGACAAAGACAAGAACGAGCUCACCCUUGAGGUGGUUCGUCUGGCUCGCAACCUGGUCUACUUUGGGUUCUACAGCUUCAGCGAGCUCCUGAGGCUGACGCGCACCCUGCUGGCCAUCCUGGACAUCGUGCAGCACAUGCCCAACUUCAUGGACAAGAUCAGCAAGGGCCCCGAGUCGGGGAACAACGUGAUGCGCACCAUCCACGGCGUGGGGGAAAUGAUGAGCCAAAUGGUGCUGAGCAGGGGCUCGGUCCUGCCCCACAGCCUGCCCGAGGGCCAGCCCAUCCCCCGCCACACCAAGGCCCCCAGCCUCCCGGACUGCGAGGACGUCACCGUCAUGAACACCAAGCUCAAGAUCAUCGAGAUCCUCCAGUUCAUUCUCAGCGUGAGGCUUGACUACAGGAUCACAUACCUGCUGUCCAUCUACAAGAAGGAGUUUGGAGACAGUACCCUCCCUGACGGCUCGCUGUCCGUAAAUGAUGUUAUGACGCUGUCGGUUCCAGAUAUAGAUUUGAUUGCAGCACAAGCUGAGACCAUGUUUGCUGGAAGUGCGGAGCAAAGCCCGGUGGAGCUGGACGACGAGGGGGGCCGGACCUUUCUGCGGGUGCUGAUCCACCUCAUCAUGCAGGACUACCCGCCGCUGGUGUCCGGAUCCCUCCAGCUGCUCUUCAAACACUUCAGCCAGAGAGCCGAGGUGCUGCAGGCCUUCAAACAGGUCCAGCUGCUGGUGUCAGAGCAGGAUGUGGAGAACUACAAGCAGAUCAAGACGGACCUGGACCAGCUGCGGCUGACGGUGGAGAAGUCGGAGCUGUGGGUGGAGAAGAACGGGGGCUACGGCAGCGUGGAGCUGGGGGACGGCCAGAGCAAGGAGCAGACCGCGGAGGAGGCUGGGAUCCUGAGCCCGGUGCAGGAUGGGAAUAUCAAGCCGCAGAUUGACAGCAACAAAGCAAACAACUACAACAUCGUCAAAGACAUCCUGUUGAGGCUCAGCAAGCUGUGCUAUCCCAGUAAGAAGAGCCGUGUGCAGCAGCAGAGGCUGCUGAAGAACAUGGGGGCCCACACUGUGGUGCUGGACCUGCUGCAGAUCCCCUACGAGAAGACUGACCAGAAGAUGAAUGAGAUCAUGAACCUGGCUCAUGGCUUCCUGCAGAGCUUCUGUAGGGGAAACCCCCAGAACCAAGUCCUCCUCCACAAGCACCUCAACCUCUUCCUCACGCCUGGGCUCCUGGAGGCCGAGACCAUGCGCUACAUCUUCAUGAACAACUUCCACCUGUGCAACGAGAUCAGCGACCGCGUGGUGCACCACUUCGUGCACUGCAUCGAGACGCACGGCCGCCACGUGCCCUACCUGCGCUUCCUGCAGACCAUCGUCAAGGCCGACGGCAAGUACGUCAAGAAGUGCCAGGACAAGGUCAUGACCGAGCUGGUGUCCGGGGGCGAGGAGGUGCUGGUGUUCUACAACGACCGGGCCUCCUUCCCGCUGCUCCUGCAGAUGAUGGGCUCGGAGCGUGAGCGGGCGGACGGCUGCGGCCCGCUGGCCUAUCACAACACGCUGGUGGAGCUGCUGGCCGCCUGCACCGAGGGCAAGAACGUCUACACCGAGCUCAAGUGCAACUCGCUGCUGCCCCUCGACGACAUCGUCAAGGUGGUCACCCACGAGGACUGCAUACCCGAGGUGAAAACCGCGUACGUCAACUUUGUGAACCACUGCUACGUGGACACAGAGGUGGAGAUGAAGGAGAUCUACACCAGUAACCACAUCUGGAAGCUGUUUGAUAACUUCCUCAUCGACAUGGCCCGGGUUUGUAACAGCACUACGGACAGGAAGCACGCCGACACCGCGCUGGAGAGAUACGUGACAGAGACGGUGAUGGCCAUCGUCAAAGGGUUCUUCAGCUCCCAGUUCUCCGUCAACAACUCCAGCCUGCAGACCCACCAGCCCAUCUUCAUCAAGCUUCUGCAGUCUGCCUUCAGGAUCUAUAACUGCACCUGGAUCACGACCCUGCAGAAAACCAACAUCGAGGGCUGCAUCAAGACGCUAGCGGACGUGGCGAAGAACCGCGCCAUGGCGGUCCCGGUGGACCUGGACAGCCAGGUGAACACGCUGUCCCUGAAGACGCACACCAACAUGGUGCAGCGGGCCGCCAAGGGCUGGAGGAUGACGGCCCGAUCGGGGCCCCGCAAGGAGCCACUCGGGGGCCCCGACUACAAGAGCAUCAUCGAGAAGCUGCAGGGUGUGGUGGCGUGUCUGGAGGAGCAGUUCCACCCCAUGGUGCAGGCUGAGUUCUCGGUGCUGGUGGACGUUCUGCACAGCCCAGAGCUCCUGUUCCCCGAGGCCGCCCGCUUCCGCUGCGAGAGCGGGGCCUUCAUGUCCAAGCUGAUCAAGCACACCAAGAGGCUGAUGGACAAGGAGGAGAAGCUCUGUAUUAAGGUCCUGCAGACCCUCAGGGAGAUGCUGGACAAGAAGGCGACUUUCGAGGAGUCGGGAAGCAUUUUGAGGAAGCUCCUUCUCACCCGAUACUUUGGAAGCCAGCGGCUUCUCUCCAAAUCCGAUGGCAACAGUGCCUCUGGGGGCUACACAAAACCUUCGGGAGGAGGGUCCUCUCCUGGGCCUGACUCGGACAGGUGCAGUCCCUGUAUGGAGGACAUCCAGUGCCUGCUGGACAGUGUGGGCGCGUCGGAGCUUGUGGUGGAUCUUAUCGUCAGCACCAAGAACGACCGCGUGUUUGAGGAGAGCAUCCUGCUGGGCAGCAGCCUGCUGAAGGGGGGGAACACGCAGAUCCAGAAUUCCUUUUACCACCAGCUGUACGAUCAGAAGAAGUCGGAGAAGUUCUUCAAGGUGUUCUGCGACCGCAUGAAGCUGGCCCAGCAGGAGAUCCGCUCCACCGUCUCCGUCAACAUGUUUGAGCUCAGCUGCAGGAAGAGGGACGAGGACAGAGAGACAACCGCUGCCCGCCAUAAAAAACCAGGGCGGGACUUCGGGCAGGACUUUGGCCUCCACCUGAAGCAGGACAUGAAGGGCCAGCUCCGGGAGGCCUCCUGCGCCACCUCCAAAGCCUACUCCACCUUCCGCAAGGAGAUCGACCCGGACCUGGACCUGAUCGGGUCGGGCACGGAAGGGGCCGGUACGGAGGAAUCGGCGGAGGAGGCGCAGAUGAGCCCCGCCAUCUCCAUCAUGAACCCCAUUCUGCGCUACCUGCAGCUGCUCUGCGAGAACCACAACCGGGACCUGCAGAAUUUUCUACGGAACCAGAACAACAAGAACAAUUACAACCUUGUGUGCGAGACCCUGCAGUUCCUGGACUGCAUCUGCGGCAGCACAACCGGUGGACUGGGCCUUCUGGGGCUCUACAUCAACGAGAGGAAUGUGGACCUGAUCAGGCAAACCCUGGAGACCAUUACUGAGUACUGCCAAGGGCCCUGCCAUGAGAACCAGACCUGCAUCGCCAAGCACGAGUCCAAUGGCAUUGACAUCAUCAUCGCCCUCAUCGUGAACACCAUCAACCCCCUGGGGAUGCAUCGCAUGGACCUGGUGCUGAACCUGAAGAACAACGCCUCCAAGCUGCUCCUGGCCAUCAUGGAGAGCCGCCAUGACAGCGAGAACGCGGAAAAGAUCCUGUUCAAGAUGAGACCCAUCGAGCUGGUGGACGUGAUGAAGGAGGCGUAUAACCAGGGCAUGGAGAGCGAGGGGGAUGCAGAAGCGGACGAGGUCACGCCCAGGGACGUGGGCCACAACAUCUACAUCCUGGCUCACCAGCUUGCUCGGCACAAUAAGCUGCUGCAGCAGAGCUUGCGGCCAGGACUGUAUCCCGACGCCGAGGGCGAGGAGGCACUCCGAUACUACGCCAAUCACACGGCCCAAAUUGAGAUCGUCCGGCACGACCGGACCAUGGAGCAGAUCGUGUUCCCCGUGCCCAACAUCUGCGAGUACCUGACGGAGGAGUCCAGGGUGCGCGUGUUCAACAGCACCGAGCGCGACGACCAGGGCAGCAAGGUCAACCACUUCUUCCAGCAGGUCGACGACCUCUACAACGAGAUGAGGUGGCAGAAGAAGAUUCGAAAUAACCCGGCCCUGUUCUGGUUCUCCCGCCACAUCUCCCUGUGGGGCAGCAUCUCCUUCAACCUGGCGGUGCUGGUCAACCUGGCGGUGGCACUCUUCUACCCGUUCGGGGACGAUGGAGAUGAAGGCACCCUGCCUCCCCUGGUCUCCAUCCUGCUGUGGGUUGCCGUGGCGAUAUGCACUACCAUGCUCCUGGUUCUUCCCAAGCCGGCCGGGAUCCGGCCCUUCCUGGUGUCCGUCAUCCUGCGCUCCAUCUACACACUGGGCCUGGCGCCCACACUGGUGCUGCUGGGAGCCACCAACCUGCUCAACAAGAUGGUGUUCCUGGUGAGCUUCGUGGGGAACCGGGGGACGUUCACGCGGGGGUACAAGGCCGUGGUCAUGGACAUGGCCUUCCUGUACCACGUCACCUACGUCAUCGUCUGCAUGCUCGGCCUCUUCCUCCACGAGUUCUUCUACAGCUUCCUGCUCCUGGACCUGGUGUACCGCGAGGAGACGCUGCUGAACGUGAUCAAGAGCGUGACGCGCAACGGCCGCUCCAUCAUCCUCACCGCCGUGCUGGCCCUCAUCCUCGUCUACCUCUUCUCCAUCGUGGGCUUCCUCUUCCUCAAGGACGACUUCCGCAUGGAGGUGGACCGCCUCCCUGGUCCAGAGGAUGAUGGGAUUGAGCACGUGUGCGACACCCUGCUGAUGUGCAUCGUCACGGUGCUGAACCAGGGCCUGCGGAACGGCGGCGGGGUGGGGGACAUUCUGAGGAAGCCGUCCAAAAACGAGCCACUGUUCGCCGCCCGCGUGGUGUACGACCUCCUGUUCUUCUUCAUCGUCAUCAUCAUCGUGCUCAACCUGAUCUUCGGGGUGAUCAUCGACACCUUCGCCGACCUGAGGAGUGAGAAGCAGAGGAAGGAGGAGAUCCUGAAGACCACCUGCUUCAUCUGCGGACUGGAGCGAGACAAAUUUGACAACAAGACGGUGUCCUUCGAGGAGCACAUCACGUCGGAACACAACAUGUGGCACUACCUGUACUUCAUGGUUCUGGUGCGAGUUAAGGACCCCACGGAGUACACGGGACCCGAGAGCUACGUCGCCCAGAUGGUUAGGGAGAAGAACCUGGACUGGUUCCCGCGCAUGCGUGCCAUGUCGCUGGUGAGCAGCGAGGGGGAGGGUGAGCAGAACGAGAUCCGCUCGCUGCAGGACCGGCUGGACAGCACGCUGUCGCUGGUGUCGCUGCUGUCCACCCAGCUGGCCGAGCUCAAGGAGCAGAUGACGGAGCAGAGGAAGAACAAGCAGAGGUUGGGCUUCCUGGGCCCCCCGCAGGUCAACCACCACAUUUCGGCGCACUGAGGGCCCCCGGGGGAGACCGUCGCCAGGGUGACCGUCGCCAGGGUGACCGCGGCACCUCGGACACGGAGAGCGGC